AUGAGCUGCCCGGUGAACCUUCAGGCCCUGCCCGCUGCAGUCUUGGAGGAGGUUUUCACUCCGGGGAACAUGCGAGGAAGAAACUCGUCUCAGCUGAGUUUUCCUAAAUCCAGGUUGGCUUUGUGGGACGGCAGCCCCGCAGGAGAGAAGCUCCGCCUCCAGCUCUGCUCCCACAGGAAGCUGCAGGUUGUGCUCCUGGAAAAGGCUCUCCGUCUGGCACAGCGCAACGCCCGCCGCAGCAACAAGCCCCGCCCCCUCUGCUUCUUCCUGGGAUCAGCGUCUGUGAGCAGAGACGAGGACGGUGUUGUCGUGACUCUGGACCGCUUUGACCCGGGUCGGGAUCAGGCUGGGACUGCAGACCGGGUUCCAUCAGCUCUCCUACCUGGAGACGUCCUGGUUCCCUGCUUGUUCUCGGUUCGGUCCGACGUGACGCCUGAGCCUGUCGUCCAGUCAGAGGCGGAGCUUCAUCAGAGCUUUAAGGCUCUGCAGCAGUUCAUGAGCAGCAGACAGGUUCUGGAUCUGUCUCACCUCCUGAAGAUCAGAGCUCGCCUGCUCGUCUCCCAGACCGCUGACGCCGCGGCGUUGAGCCUCAGCUGGUCCGCCGUCUGUCCCGCCGCUGGCGUGGACGUCCAGCCGGUCCGAGCCAUCCCCAUCAUCCCCACCGCCCUGCUGAGGAGCCUGACCUGCGUGGGCCGCCCGCCGCAGCACGCCGGUCGGCAGAGAGGGUUUCUGACCAUGGAUCAGACCCGGAAACUAGUCCUCCUGUUGGAGUCGGACCCUAAAGCCUCCAGCCUGCCGCUCGUUGGACUCUGGUUGAGUGGAGUCACGCACGUCUACAACCCUCAGGUGUGGGCCUGGUGUCUGAGGUUCAUGUUUAGCUCCGCCCUCCAGGACAGGGUUCUGUCAGAGAGCGGGUGUUUCCUCCUCGUCGUGUUCGGGUCCACCCACAGAACUCCUCAGUUCUUCCAGUGUCGAGGGUCCAGACCUGGACCGCAGCCGGACUUCCAGCUGCUGAGCGGCUCCCAGUCUGCCACUCUUUACCAGCAGGUGGCGCCGGUGGAAGGUCGGGUUCUGACCUGCGACCUGGACCCUGAGGAUAACAGCAGACAGGCCGAAGGGUUCCGGACGGCUCAGGAGUCCUUCAGCAGAACGCCUCCAGACGCCGCUCGUGUCUCCGUCAGCGAUCAGGACUCCGGAGUCGAGGACGAGGACUUUUCUCCUCGACCGUCUCCGAGCCCCCACGCCGCGGCGCCGCAGGCUCGCAGGAUCCAGCCGUCCGUUCCUGAGCUCUCCCUGUUGAUUGACAGCAGCUUAUCCUCCAAUCACAGCUCGGCCCAGGACUCUAGCCCCGCCCUCAGGCCUCCUGCAGCAGCUGCUCCUUCCAGCUCCUCAUCAGCCCCCAAACCUCCUCCUCACCUCCACAGCACACCAAACCCCCACCUGCAGCAGCCAUGUUCUUGCUGCUCCUGCCACGCCCACAGCUGCACCCCUAUUUUCGCCUCACCGAUGCUCCUCGCUGCUCCUGCUCCUCCGCCUGCCUUCCAUCAGCAAACUCAUCCUUCUUCCAUUCUACAAUCUGCUCCUCAUCCUUCUUCCAUUCUACAAUCUGCUCCUCAUCACCUCCGUCCAUCUACUCCUCCUGUUCCUCCUGCCUGCUCUCAUCAACAAACACCUCCUUUAUCCAGUCGUCACACUCCUCCACCUCCUUCCUUCUCCUAUCAGCAGACUCCACCCCCUCUUGACUCUCAUGUCACUCCUCCUUUGUAUCAUCUUCCUCCUUCCACCUCCCAUUUAUCUCCUCCAGUUCCUCUAAUUUCCUCACACCAACAAACACCUCUUUUUUCCAGUCAUCCUCCUCCUCCUUUCUUACAUAAAAAUACUCUUCCUCCCUCCACCAACCGCCCUUCUACUCCUCCUGCUCCUCCAACCUCCUCGCACCAACAAACACCUCCUUUUCCCAGUCAACAUACUGCUCCUCCUCUCUCCUCCCAUCAGCACUCUCCACCUCCUUCCACCAACAGCCCAUCUACUCCCAUUCCUCCUGCCUCCUCCACCCAUCAGCAUUUUCCUCCAUCACCUCCUCUUUCCACUCAGUCUCCUUCCACUCUCGUCUCUCCUGCUCCUUCCUGUCCCUGCAGCCACACCACUCCUCCUCUUCCUCCCUCUUGUUGCAGUGACUCCCCUUCUCCUCACCCCUCCCAUCCUGCAGCAGCAGACCCCGUGUCCCCCUCCUGGCUCCCCCGUCCCUCCUGCUGCUGUGAUAAAAUGCGAGGAGUCGCAUCAUCAGACACCUACCAACUCCUGCUCCACCAGGACCGCCAGCUGCGCCUCCUGCAGGACCAGGUCCAGAUGCUGCUGAAGGCUCAGGGGAGGCUCCAGUCCUCCAGCCGGCAGGUGGACACCCAGACCUGUAGGAGCACGGCCAGCAUCGCCGUGGAAACAGGCGCCAGUUUGUUCUGGGGAACCGAGCCCGACCCGUCGCUUCAUCAGGAGGAGGAACAGAGCCCCGCAUCUCCACCCAGUCCCUCACCUUCGUCCUGCCCGAGCCCCUCGGCUUCAUCACAUGACCGGUCUGUGAGGAGGCUCGUGGGCGGAGCUGAGGAAGGUGACGACACGGGCCGGGCGGCGCCGCGCUCCUCGUCUGGUCCACACAGGUUCAGCGGUCUGCAGAGUCCGGUUCUGGGAGAAAGUGCCAGCUGGUGUGGACCUCCAGACGAACAUCUGAGUUUCUACCAGAACCUCAUGACCCUACUCAACAGCCGUCUUCAGGAGUCGGACCGGAACCAGGAAGCUGAGGGGAGGUCCAGAAGGAGCAGUCUGUCUGUCUCCGACCACUCCCAGUCCUCCCAUUCAUCCUCCUGCUCCUCAUCCAAAAGGACACAGAAGAAGAAAGGUUCUGGUGGAGACCCGGUGAUCCGAGCCACCCUGCGGCAGCUGCAGCAGCUCGGAGUCUCGUUAGACGAAAAGGACCUGAUGGACGACGACCGGAUCAAAGCCGUGGAGAACGCCAGCACGUUGGCGACCAUCAACCCGGCGGCGGUCGUGUCCAGACUGACGGCGUCCGAGACGAUCGGCAGCGCUCUGUUCCCUGGAGGCAGCGUGGACCUGAGCCUGGAGGCCAACGCCAUCGCCCUGCGGUACCUCACCGACUCGCAGCUCAGCAGGCUGUCCCUGGGAGGCCACGCCCUCCACAACAGCCCCGCCCCCUCUGCUGGAGACUCCGUCCUGUCGCCUAGCAACAUGUCCCUGGCCACCAGGAAGUACAUGAGGCGAUACGGUCUGAUCGAGGAGGAGGAAGAGGAGGAGGUUCUGGAGGCCCGACGGCCGCUGACCGACUCCCAGAACGUGAAGCUCCUCCCACAGAGUCAGCUGAUCCGAGAGCUGCGCCCAAAGAUGCAGCUUUUAGCCGGCGACAAGGAGAACCGCUCCAACGGAAGGUCCUCGUUGGUCCGAGGGAUCAGCAGAGAGCCGGAGGGGUCUGUGGGGAACCUCCUGGACCUGAGCCGCCUGAGACAGCUCCCCAAACUGUUCUGA